AUGGGAAUAUAUGGGACUGUGCAAGGAGUAGAUGGAGAAAGAGAAAGGAAGCGUCUCAUUAACAUCUAUGGGAUGGGCAGUGAAGCGAAACUCACAAGGAGACUGAAGGAGAAGGCCAGAGAGAACUUCAUCAUCUGGGGAACCCUGGGCAAAUGUGGUGGCUCUGGAGAACUGAGAGCCCAGAAAGAAUGGCAUCGGGGUGCACAGAGUGUGAGGGAAGCAGAACAAGGAAGCCCGCAGAAAAGCCUAAAAUCCUACAUUCAGACAAAUUCCAAACAAAUGGACUUGGCUGAUGCUAGAAGUGACAUUCUGCUGAGAACUCACAGAAACCUGAUGGAAAACAAUCAAGAAACAGCAUCUGGGCUGGGGACGGGGUGGGGCUGGAGGGGGCUGGGGUGGGGGUUGAAAGUUGCGCUCUCUGGGACCGGCCCCCGGGUCGCUGCAGGGGAAGUGGAUCCGGCGCGGACCCGGGGAGGCGCUCGAGUGCCGGGAGCCGGAGGAAGGAGCCCGGUCCAGGUGGAGCGUUGCUCGUCGCCAAGGCAACCGCGCGAGCCGCAAACAGCGUGUGAGCAGGGCGACGUGCGGCCGGAGCGGACGCGGGGGAGCGGCGUGGGCCGAGGACCGCAACCGCGGCGAGGCCAGGAAUCUGCCGCCACGACCCGCGGCGUGUCCCCGCGAAGCGCCGCCGCGUCGCGUCAUGGACAAGCCGGUACUGUGCGCGCUCCGUCCUCGCGGCUCCCCGCCCUGCGUGUCCCCGCGGCGCAUGCGCGGCCGCCGGGCUGUCUGUCGCUCCGGGCUCCGUGGGAGUCCACGCGGUGGGCUAGACAAAGACUGAAGGAAGAGAAGGAAGCCAAGCGAGCACUUUUGGAUAGUAGGCACGACUACUUAUGUGCGAUCGUAGCUUCCUGUGUGGACUUGAAUAAAGCUGAAGUGGAGGAUGCCAUUCUCGAGGGGAAUCAGAUUGAAAGAAUUGAUCAGCUUUUUGCUGUUGGAGGUCUUCGUCACCUCAUGUUUUACUAUCAGGAUGUGGAGAUAGCAGAAACAGGACAGCAUAGCUCUUCAGGAAGAGCAAAUCCUAGUCCUGUAAAGAUGAAGAAACCUAAAGUGUUCGUGACUGAGGGAAAAGAUGUUGCUCUUACUGGAGUAUGUGUGUUCUUCAUCAGGCCUGACCCUUCCAGAGCCAUCACCCCUGAGAAUAUCCACCGGGAGGUGAGCUUUAACAUGUUGGAUGCCGCAGAUGGGGGCCUGCUCAAUAGCAUGAGGCGGUUGCUGUCGGACAUCUUCAUUCCCGCUCUCAGGGCCACGUGCCAGGGCGGGGGCGAGCUGGAGGGGCUUCGGGAAGCAUCCAGCAUCCAGCAGGAGUUCCUGAGCUCUCUGGAAGGCUUUGUGAAUGUCCUGUCCAGCGCACAGGAGAGUUUGAAGGAGAAGGUGAACCUUCAAAAGUGUGACAUAUUUGAACUGAAAAACCUGAAGGAACCGAUAGACUACUUGACUCUAGCUAAUAACCCCGAAACUUUGGUAAAAAUAGAAGGUUGUAUGAAAGUAUGGAUCAAACAAACAGAACAGGUCCUCGCAGAAAACAAUCAGCUUCGGAAGGAAGCAGACGACCUUGGGCCCCGAGCAGAGCUGGAACACUGGAAAAAAAGACUCUCCAAGUUUAACUACCUUUUGGAUCAGUUGAAAAGCCCAGAGGUGAAGGCUGUGUUGGCAGUGCUUGCCGCUGCCCGGUCGAAGCUUCUGAAGACUUGGCAGGAGAUGGAUAUUCAAAUCACCGAUGCAGCUAAUGAGGCAAAGGACAAUGUCAAAUAUUUGUACACACUUGAAAAAUGCUGUGAUCCCUUGUACAGCAGUGACCCUAUAUCCAUGAUUGAUGCGAUCCCCACACUUAUAAAUGCAAUUAAAAUGAUCUAUAGUAUCUCUCAUUAUUAUAAUACCUCUGAGAAGAUUACAUCUCUGUUUGUAAAGGUAACCAAUCAGAUGAUAUCCGCAUGUAAAGCUCAUAUUACCAAUAAUGGAACUGCUUCUUUGUGGAGCCAACCACAGGAUGUUGUUGUGGAAAAAAUAUUAUCAGCAAUUAAACUUAAGCAGGAAUACCAGCACUGCUUUCACAAGACAAAGCAAAAGCUUAAACAAGAUCUAAAUGAAAAACAAUUUGAAUUCAGCGAGAUGUAUAUUUUUGGAAAAUUUGAAACUUUCCAUCGACGUCUUGCUAAGAUACUAGAUAUCUUUACAACCUUUAAGACAUAUUCAGUCCUGCAAGAUUCUAAAAUUGAAGGGCUGGAAGACAUGGUCACCAAAUACCAGGGCAUUAUUGCUACUAUAAAAAAAAAGGAAUAUAAUUUCUUAGACCAGCGGAAAAUGGAUUUUGACCAGGAUUAUGAAGAGUUUUGCAAGCAGACUAAUGACCUUCAUAAUGAGUUGCAGAAGUUCAUGGAUGUUACAUUUGACAAGAUUCAAAACACAAAUCAAGCUCUAAGUAUGUUAAAGAAAUUUGAAAGAUUGAAUAUACCCAAUCUUGGUAUUGAUGACAAAUACCGGCGUAUCCUCAAAAACUAUGGAGCUGACAUUGAUAUGGUCGCAAAGCUGUAUUCAAAGCAGAAAUGUGAUCCUCCGUUGGCCCGAGACCAGCCUCCCAUUGCUGGGAAGAUUCUGUGGGCGCGUCAGCUGUUCCACAGGAUUCAGCAACCAAUGCAGCUUUUCCAGCAGCACCCAACUGUGCUUCGGACGCCGGAAGCCAGACCCGUGAUUUACAGUUACAACAGAGUGGCCAAGGUCCUCCUGGAGUUUGAGGUUCUGUACCACCGGGUGUGGCUUCAACAAAUUGAUAAAAUUCACAUAGGACUGGAGGCUUCUUUAUUGGUGAAGGCUCCAGGCACAGGAGAAUUGUUUGUAAACUUGGAUCCUCAGAUAUUAACCUUAUUUAGAGAAACAAAGUGCAUGUCACAGAUGGGUCUGCACGUUUCCCCAUUUGCAGCUGCCCUUUUCCAGAAGCGGGAUGUGUACAAAAAGAACUUCGGUAACAUGAAGAUGAUGCUGGCUGAAUAUCAGAGAGUGAAGUCAAAAAUGCCUCCCACCGUGGAACAACUGAUGGCCCCUCAUUUGGCUAAAGUGAAUGAAGCUCUCCAACCCGGCCUGGCUGCACUGACCUGGACAUCACUGAACAUUGAGACAUACUUGGAAAACGCUUUUGCAAAGAUCAAGGACCUGGAAAUCCUGGUUGACAGGGUCAAUGAUUUGAUCAAGUUCCGCAUUGAUGCCAUUCUAGAAGAAAUGAGCAGCACACCUCUUUGUCAACUCCCCCAGGAGGAGCCACUGACCUGUGACGAGUUUCUCCAAAUGACAAAGGAUCUUUGUAUAAAUGGUGCUCAGAUACUUCACUUUAAAAGCUCAUUAGUGGAGGAAGCAGUCAAUGAGCUAAUAAAUAUGUUGCUAGAUGUGGAAGUUCCAUCUAAAGAAGAAAGUGAAAAAGGACCCAAUGUGAAUGGUGCUGAUUCAAAAAACAAAAGUUCAGCAAAAAGAGGAGAAGGAAAUCCUGACACCUUGACGUCUUCCCUUAAUGCUGAGUCAGGCCUCCUGCCUUCGAUGACAUUCACGGGAAAGAAGAAGGAGAUUGAGAUGUUAGAGGAAGAAGCCUGCGAGUUGCUCUCUUAUUUCAAUCAGCAAAACAUGGAUGCUCUUCUGAAAGUUACGAGGAAUACACUAGAGGCCAUUCGCAAGCGAAUUCAUGCAUCUAACACGAUUAACUUCCGGGACAGUAACAGUGCAUCUCAGAUGAAGCCGAACAGUCAACCUAUUUUUCGGGCAGGCAUCACUCUGGCCAUUCCCAACAUUGCCAUGGUCCCUGCCUUGGAAGACAUACAGCAAAUACUCAACAAAGCUGUGGAGUGCAUCGUCAGUGUCACCAAGGGGGUUAGACAGUGGAACAGUGAGCUGCUGUCCAAGAAAAAGAUACAUGAAAGAAAAAUAGUUGCCUUGCAGAAUAAUGAAGAUAGUGAUUCUGAUGUUGAAAUGGGAGAAAACAAACCUCAAGAUACCUUUGAGAUAGCAUCUGUAAGUUUACCCAUUCCUGUGCAAACCAGGAACUACUAUAAAAAUGUUUCUGACAACAAAGAUAUUGUAAAAUUAGUCUCUGUGCUUAGCACAAUCAUCAACUCCACCAAGAAGGAAGUUAUUACAUCCAUGGAUUGCUUCAAACGCUACAAUCACAUUUGGCAAAAGGAGAAAGAAGAAAGCAUUAUGACGUUUAUUAUGAAGAACCCCUUGCUUCCUGAAUUUGAAUCCCAGAUUCUCUAUUUCCAAAACCUAGAGCAGGAGAUUAAUGCUGAGCCUGAAUAUAUCUGUGUGGGUGCCAUUGCUCUGUACACAGCCGACUUGAAGUUCACCUUGACCGCUGAGACAAAGGCCUGGAUGUUUGUGAUCAGCCGUCACUGUAACAAAAAAUACAGGAAGGAGAUGGAAAACAUUCUUGCACUUGUUGAAGAGUUCAGUAAGAAACUGAAUCGUCCAAUUAAAGACCUAGAUGAUAUUCGGAUUGCUAUGGUGGCAGUGAAGGAAAUCAGGGAGCAGCACAUUGCCAUUGACUUUCAAAUAGGACCUAUCGAGGAAUCUUAUGCCCUUCUUAACAAAUAUGGGCUUCUGAUAGCAAAGGAAGAAUUGGAUAAAGUUGAUUCUCUGCGUUAUGCUUGGGAGAAGCUUCAAGCACGUGCAAGCGAAGUUCAGAAUGAAUUAGUCUCACUGCAGCCCGGUUUCAGGAAAGAGCUUAUUAGUACUGUGGCAGUCUUCCUCCAGGACUGUCAGCAGUUCUAUUUGGAGUACAAUUUGAAUGGUCCAAUGGCUAGCAAUUUGAAACCCCAGGAAGCCAGUGAUAGGCUUAUCAUGUUUCAGAAUCAAUUUGAUAAUAUCUAUCGGAAAUACAUCACCUAUACUGGAGGAGAGGAACUUUUUGGUCUGCCAGUUACUCAGUAUCCUCAGCUUCUUGAAAUAAAGAAACAGCUAAAUCUUCUCCAGAAAAUAUACACUCUGUACAACAGUGUUAUAGAAACUAUAAAUAGCUACCAGGAUAUCCUGUGGUCAGAAGUGAAUAUUGAAAAUAUCAGCAAUGAACUUUUAGAGUUCCAGAACAGAUGCCGGAAGCUACCCCGGGCCACAAAGGACUGGCAGGCUUUCCUGGAUCUGAAGAAGACCAUUGAUGAUUUCAGCGAGUGUUGCCCGCUGCUGGAACACAUGGCUAGCAAGGCCAUGAUGGACAGGCACUGGCAAAGGAUAACUGCUCUCACUGGGCAUAGCCUGGAUGUGGGGAAUGAAACUUUUAAGUUAAGAAACAUUAUGGAGGCACCUCUUCUGAAAUACAAAGAAGAAAUAGAGGACAUCUGUAUCAGUGCCGUGAAAGAGAGAGACAUUGAGCAAAAGCUGAAGCAAGUGAUUAAUGAAUGGAACAGCAAAACAUUCACAUUUGGCAGCUUUAAAACCCGUGGAGAACUCCUCUUGCGAGGAGACAGUACCUCGGAAAUCAUCGCCAACAUGGAGGACAGCUUGAUGUUGCUGGGCUCCCUACUGAGUAACAGAUACAAUAUGCCAUUCAAAGCCCAGAUUCAGAAAUGGGUGCAGUUACUUUCCAACUCAACAGACAUCAUCGAGAACUGGAUGAUGGUGCAAAACCUGUGGAUUUACUUAGAAGCUGUCUUCGUGGGAGGAGAUAUUGCCAAGCAGCUUCCCAAGGAAGCCAAGCGCUUUUCCAAUAUAGAUAAGUCGUGGGUGAAGAUCAUGAAUCGGGCACAUGAAAUGCCAAACGUGGUUCAGUGUUGUGUUGGAGAUGAAACCAUGGGGCAGCUGUUACCACAUUUGCUGGACCAAUUAGAAAUAUGCCAGAAAUCCCUUACAGGAUACUUGGAGAAGAAACGACUUUGCUUUCCUCGCUUCUUCUUUGUCUCGGACCCGACUCUUCUGGAGAUUCUGGGGCAGGCCUCGGAUGUGCACACUAUUCAAGCCCAUUUGCUGAAUGUGUUUGACAACAUAAAAAGUGUCAAGUUCCACGAAAAGAUCUAUGAUCGCAUUCUGUCAAUUUCCUCUCGAGAGGGCGAGACAAUUGACUUGGAUAAGCCUGUGAUGGCAGAGGGCAAUGUGGAAGUUUGGCUUAAUUCCCUCUUGGAGGAAUCUCAGUCUUCAUUACAUCAUGUGAUUUGCCAGGCCGCUGAAAAUAUUCAAGAAACAGGUUUCCAACUGAUUGAAUUUCUUUCUUCCUUUCCUGCUCAGGUUGGAUUAUUAGGAAUUCAAAUGAUAUGGACACGGGAUUCAGAAGAAGCCCUUAAAAAUGCCAAGUAUGAUAAAAAAAUCAUGCAGAAAACCAAUCAGUCUUUCUUGGAGCUGCUGAAUACAUUGAUAGACAUCACAACCAAGGAUCUGAGCUCCUUGGAACGAGUCAAAUAUGAGACUUUGAUCACUAUUCACGUGCACCAAAGGGAUAUCUUUGAUGACUUGUGUCACAUGCAUAUCAAGAGCCCUACAGACUUUGAGUGGCUGAAACAGUGCAGAUUUUAUUUCAACGAAGAUUCUGACAAAAUGAUGAUUCACAUCACAGAUGUAGCUUUCAUAUACCAGAAUGAAUUUUUAGGCUGCACUGACAGGCUUGUCAUAACUCCACUCACAGACAGGUGUUAUAUCACAUUGGCUCAGGCUCUGGGGAUGAGCCUGGGAGGAGCCCCCGCUGGCCCUGCAGGAACAGGCAAAACAGAGACUACCAAAGAUAUGGGACGAUGUCUUGGGAAGUAUGUUGUGGUUUUCAAUUGUUCAGACCAGAUGGAUUUCCGAGGGCUUGGACGGAUUUUUAAAGGACUGGCACAGUCUGGAUCCUGGGGUUGUUUUGAUGAAUUUAACCGUAUUGAUCUACCAGUCCUCUCAGUUGCAGCCCAGCAAAUUUCCAUUAUUUUGACAUGUAAAAAGGAGCGUAAAAAAUCUUUUAUUUUUACUGAUGGAGAUAAAGUGACUAUGAACCCUGAAUUUGGACUUUUUUUAACCAUGAAUCCUGGCUAUGCUGGGCGGCAGGAACUCCCUGAAAACUUGAAGAUUAACUUCCGCUCUGUGGCCAUGAUGGUCCCUGACCGUCAGAUUAUCAUAAGAGUGAAGUUGGCCAGCUGUGGCUUCAUUGACAACAUUGUUUUGGCCAGGAAGUUUUUCACGCUCUACAAGCUCUGUGAAGAGCAGCUUUCUAAGCAGGUACAUUAUGACUUUGGUCUGCGUAACAUUCUGUCAGUUCUGCGAACAUUGGGAGCAGCCAAAAGAGCCAGCCCCACAGACACCGAAUCCACGAUCGUCAUGCGUGUCCUGCGAGACAUGAAUCUUUCUAAACUGAUUGAUGAGGAUGAACCCUUAUUUUUGAGUUUGAUUGAAGAUCUCUUCCCAAAUAUUAUUCUGGACAAGGCAGGCUACCCUGAACUGGAGGUGGCAAUUAGUACACAGGUGGAAGAAGCUGGUUUAAUCAACCAUCCUCCUUGGAAACUGAAAGUCAUCCAGCUGUUUGAAACACAGAGAGUUCGGCAUGGAAUGAUGACCCUGGGGCCCAGUGGAGCAGGGAAAACCACCUGUAUCCACACCUUGAUGAAAGCCAUGACAGAUUGUGGAAAACCACACCGGGAAAUGAGGAUGAAUCCCAAAGCGAUUACAGCCCCACAGAUGUUUGGUCGGCUGGACGUGGCCACAAAUGACUGGACAGAUGGGAUAUUUUCUACUCUUUGGAGGAAAACAUUGAGGGCAAAGAAAGGGGAGCAUAUCUGGAUAGUCCUUGAUGGUCCAGUAGAUGCCAUCUGGAUUGAAAAUCUGAACUCUGUUUUGGAUGAUAACAAAACUCUAACCCUUGCCAAUGGCGAUCGAAUUCCCAUGGCUCCAAACUGCAAGAUUAUUUUUGAGCCUCAUAACAUUGACAAUGCUUCUCCUGCUACCGUCUCAAGGAAUGGAAUGGUUUUCAUGAGCUCUUCUAUCCUGGACUGGAGUCCGAUUCUGGAGGGUUUUCUGAAAAAACGCUCACCUCAAGAAGCUGAAAUUCUUCGACAGCUCUACACCAGCUCUUUCCCCGACCUGUAUCACUUCAGUAUUCAGAAUUUAGAACACAAGAUGGAGACGCUGGAGGCCUUCGUGAUCGUGCAAAGCAUUCACAUGCUUCAGGGUCUGAUCCCCCCGAAGGAGCAAGGUGUAGAGGUCACGCCAGAGCACCUGGGGAGGCUGUACGUCUUCUCCCUGAUGUGGAGCGUGGGCGCCCUGCUGGAGCUGGACGGUCGGCGCCGGCUAGAGCACUGGCUGCGGUCCCGGGAGACGCUCACCUUGGAUCUGCCGCCUCUGGCGGGGACUGAGGACACCAUGUUUGACUAUUAUGUCACAUCUGAUGGGAAAUGGAUGCACUGGAACUCACGUACUGAGGAGUAUGAGUAUCCAUCUAAUGAGACCCCAGAAUAUGGCUCCAUCCUGGUGCCAAAUGUUGACAAUGUGAGGACUGACUUCCUAAUUAAAACCAUUGCUAAGCAGGGCAAGGCUGUGCUGUUAAUUGGUGAGCAAGGAACAGCCAAAACGGUCAUAAUCAAAGGAUUUAUGUCAAAAUACGAUCCUGAAACUCACAUGAUCAAGAGUCUGAACUUUUCUUCUGCAACCAGCCCACUAAUAUUUCAGAGGGCAAUAGAGAGUUAUGUGGAUAAACGCAUGGGUACGACAUAUGGCCCUCCUGCAGGAAAGAAGAUGACUGUGUUUAUUGAUGAUGUGAACAUGCCAAUAAUCAAUGAGUGGGGAGACCAGGUUACCAAUGAGAUAGUACGACAGCUGAUGGAACAGAGUGGGUUUUAUAACCUAGAGAAGCCUGGAGAGUUUACCAGUAUUGUGGACAUUCAGCUUUUGGCAGCCAUGAUCCAUCCCGGGGGUGGACGCAAUGAUAUACCCCAAAGACUCAAGAGGCAGUUCUCUAUAUUUAACUGCACACUACCCUCCGACGCUUCCAUGGACAAGAUCUUUGGUGUCAUUGGGGUAGGCUACUACUGUAUCCAAAGGGGUUUCUCUGAAGAAGUGAGAGAGUCAGUGACAAAAUUGGUUCCCAUGACACGUCGCCUAUGGCAGAUGACUAAGAUGAAAAUGCUCCCUACUCCUGCAAAAUUCCAUUACAUAUUUAAUCUUCGAGACCUUUCCAGGAUUUGGCAGGGGAUGCUGAAUACAACCUCAGAGGUUAUCAAGGAACCAGAUGAACUGCUGAGGCUGUGGAAGCACGAGUGUAAACGCGUGGUAGCUGAUCGCUUCACGGCAUCCGAUGAUGUGGUCUGGUUUGAUAAGGCUUUAGUAAGUUUGGUGGAGGAGGAGUUUGGUGAAGAGAAAAAACUCUUGGUGGAUUGUGGAAUAGAUGCUUACUUUGUGGAUUUCUUGAGGGAUGCACCUGAAGCCACAGGAGAAACAUCUGAGGAGGCUGAGGCUGAGAGGCCCAAAGUUUAUGAGUCAGUUGAGUCUUUUGAUCACCUAAGGGAACGUUUGAAUAUGUUCCUGCAGCUCUACAAUGAAAGCGUGCGUGGUGCUGGCAUGGAUUUGGUGUUCUUCGCGGAUGCCAUGGUCCACUUAGUCAAGAUUUCCCGCGUCAUUCGCACUCCCCGGGGAAAUGCGCUCCUGGUGGGGGUUGGUGGGUCAGGAAAGCAGAGCCUCACAAGGUUGGCUUCGUUCAUUGCUGGCUAUACCUUCUUCCAGAUCACUUUGACAAGAUCCUACAACACAUCAAAUCUGAUGGAAGACCUGAAAAUUUUGUAUAAAACGGCCGGUCAGCAAGGCAAAGGAAUCACUUUUAUAUUCACGGACAAUGAGAUUAAGGAUGAGUCAUUUUUGGAAUAUAUGAACAAUGUUUUAUCAUCGGGUGAGGUCUCCAACCUAUUUGCUCGUGAUGAAAUUGAUGAAAUUAAUAGUGAUCUUAUAUCAUUCAUGAAAAAAGAACACCCUCGACGUCCUCCGACCAACGAGAACCUGUAUGACUACUUCAUGAGUCGGGUCCGACGGAACCUUCACGUUGUGCUCUGCUUUUCGCCGGUGGGGGAGAAAUUUCGAAAUCGAGCUUUGAAGUUCCCCGCCCUGAUUUCAGGAUGCACCGUUGACUGGUUCAGCCGAUGGCCUAAGGAUGCCUUAAUUGCUGUGUCUGAACACUUCCUCUCUUCCUAUGAUAUUGACUGCAGUUUGGAAACCAAGAAGGAAGUGGUCCAGUGCAUGGGAUCCUUCCAGGAUGGGGUAGCUGAAAAGUGUGUUGAUUAUUUCCAGAGAUUCCGGCGUUCUACCCACGUGACUCCCAAGUCAUAUCUCUCCUUUAUUCAGGGCUAUAAGUUCAUAUAUGGAGAGAAGCAUGUGGAAGUGCAAACUCUGGCCAACAGAAUGAAUACUGGAUUGAAAAAGCUAAAAGAAGCUUCGGAAUCUGUUGCAGCUCUGAGCAAAGAACUGGAAGUGAAAGAAAAGGAACUGCAAGUGGCAAAUGAAAAAGCCGACACAGUCUUGAAAGAAGUGACGAUGAAGGCACAGGCUGCUGAAAAGGUCAAGGCUGAGGUACAGAAAGUGAAGGACAAAGCACAGGCCAUUGUAGACAGCAUCUCUAAAGAUAAAGCCAUUGCAGAGGAGAAACUGGAAGCAGCCAAACCAGCCUUAGAAGAAGCAGAAGCAGCCCUGCAGACCAUCAAGCCUUCUGACAUUGCCACCGUCCGCACGCUGGGCCGGCCCCCUCACCUCAUCAUGAGGAUCAUGGAUUGUGUGCUGCUGCUGUUUCAAAGGAAAGUCAAUGCAGUGAAAAUUGACCUGGAAAAAAGCUGUACAAUUCCUUCCUGGCAGGAAUCUUUAAAACUGAUGACUGCAGGGAACUUUUUACAGAACUUACAGCAAUUCCCAAAAGACACAAUUAAUGAAGAAGUGAUAGAAUUCUUGCACCCUUACUUUGAAAUGGCAGACUACAACAUCGAAACUGCUAAACGUGUAUGUGGGAAUGUAGCUGGUCUUUGUUCCUGGACCCAAGCCAUGGCUUCCUUUUUUUCUAUAAACAGAGAGGUGUUGCCUCUGAAGGCCAACCUGGUGGUGCAGGAGAAUCGCUACAUCUUGGCCAUGCAGGACCUGCAGAAGGCCCAGGCGGAGCUGGACAACAAGCAGGCAGAGCUUGAUGUGGUGCAGGCUGAGUACGAGCAGGCCAUGACUGAAAAGCAGACCUUGCUUGAAGAUGCCGAGCGGUGCAGACGUAAGAUGCAGACUGCCUCCACGCUGAUCGGGGGCUUGGCAGGAGAAAAAGAAAGAUGGACAGAGCAAAGUAAAGAGUUUGCCGCACAAACUAAAAGACUUGUAGGGGAUGUAUUGUUGGCGACGGCUUUUCUGUCUUAUUCUGGCCCAUUUAACCAAGAAUUUCGCAAUCUGCUAUUAAAUGACUGGCAGAAGGAAAUGAAAGCCCGGAAAAUUCCAUUUGCCUACAGUCUGAAUCUCAAUGAGAUGUUGAUUGAUGCUCCUACGAUUAGUGAAUGGAACCUCCAAGGCCUGCCAAACGAUGACCUGUCCAUUCAAAACGGAAUCAUUGUCACAAAGGCAUCUCGCUAUCCUUUGUUAAUUGAUCCACAGACUCAAGGCAAGAGCUGGAUUAAAAAUAAAGAAAGCCAAAAUGAACUGCAGAUCACAUCUCUAAAUCACAAGUACUUCAGAAACCAUCUGGAGGACAGUCUUUCUCUUGGAAGGCCCUUGCUGAUCGAAGAUGUUGGCGAGGAACUAGAUCCAGCUCUGGAAAAUGUUUUGGAGAAAAACUUCAUUAAGACUGGGUCUACCUUUAAGGUGAAAGUCAGUGACAAGGAAGUAGAUGUGAUGGAUGGCUUCAGACUCUACAUUACCACCAAACUGCCCAACCCUGCCUACACCCCUGAAAUAAGUGCUCGAACCUCCAUCAUUGACUUCACGGUUACCAUGAAAGGUCUAGAAGACCAGUUACUGGGUAGAGUCAUUCUUACAGAGAAGCAGGAAUUGGAGAAAGAAAGAACUCAUCUUAUGGAAGAUGUAACUGCAAACAAAAGAAAAAUGAAGGAGCUAGAAGAUAAUUUGCUUUACCGGCUGACGAGUACCCAGGGGUCCCUGGUGGAAGAUGAGAGUCUCAUUGUUGUAUUGAGUAACACAAAAAUGACGGCCGAGGAGGUUACACAGAAGCUGGAAAUUUCAGCUGAGACAGAAAUUCAAAUUAACUCAGCUCGGGAGGAAUACAGACCUGUGGCUACACGGGGCAGCAUCCUCUACUUCCUCAUCACCGAGAUGCGCUUGGUUAAUGAGAUGUAUCAGACUUCACUCCGCCAGUUUCUGGGCUUGUUUGACCUUUCCUUAGUCAGGUCUGUCAAGAGCCCAAUUACAAGCAAAAGAAUUGCUAAUAUCAUUGAACACAUGACCUAUGAGGUCUAUAAGUAUGCAGUUCGGGGCUUGUAUGAGGAGCACAAAUUUCUGUUCACCUUGCUGCUUACCCUGAAGAUUGACAUCCAGAGGAACCGGGUCAAGCAUGAGGAGUUUCUCACCUUUAUUAAAGGUGGCGCCUCAUUGGACCUUAAAGCUUGUCCUCCUAAACCAUCUAAGUGGAUCCUGGACAUGACCUGGCUGAAUUUGGUGGAACUCAGCAAACUUAGACAGUUUUCAGAUGUCCUUGAUCAGAUAUCAAGAAAUGAGAAAAUGUGGAAAACUUGGUUUGAUAAGGAAAACCCUGAGGAGGAACCUCUUCCAAAUGCCUAUGAUAAAUCUCUUGACUGCUUUAGACAUCUUCUUCUUAUUAGAUCCUGGUGUCCUGAUAGAACAAUUGCCCAGGCCCGCAAGUAUAUCAUGGACUCCAUGGGAGAAAACUAUGCUGAAGGGGUCAUCCUGGACUUGGAAAAGACUUGGGAGGAGUCAGAUGCACGGACACCACUCAUCUGUCUCCUGUCUAUGGGCUCAGAUCCCACGGAUUCCAUCAUCGCCUUGGGCAAGAGAUUAAAAAUAGAAACCCGUUACGUAUCCAUGGGCCAGGGCCAGGAGGUCCAUGCUCGCAAGCUCCUGCAGCAGACCAUGGCACAUGGAGGAUGGGCCCUUCUGCAGAACUGCCACCUGGGACUCGACUUCAUGGAUGAGCUGAUGGACAUGGUUACAGAAACUGAGGUGGUCCAUGAUGCCUUCCGCCUGUGGAUGACCACUGAGGUUCAUAAGCAGUUUCCCAUUACACUCCUUCAGAUGUCCAUUAAAUUUGCCAAUGAGCCUCCGCAGGGCCUCCGGGCAGGACUGAAAAGAACAUACGGCGGUGUGAGCCAAGACCUGCUGGAUGUGAGCACGGUGGCCCAGUGGAAGCCCAUGCUGUAUGCAGUGGCUUUCCUGCACUCCGCGGUCCAGGAGAGGCGGAAGUUUGGUCCCCUGGGGUGGAACAUCCCUUAUGAGUUUAAUCAAGCGGACUUUAAUGCCACUGUGCAAUUCAUCCAGAACCACUUGGAUGACAUGGAUAUCAAAAAGGGCGUAUCCUGGUCCACUGUCCGCUACAUGAUAGGCGAGAUUCAAUAUGGAGGCAGAGUCACUGAUGACUAUGAUAAGAGAUUGUUGAACACAAUUGCCAAGGUUUGGUUCAGUGAAAAUAUGUUUGGAUCAGAUUUCUGCUUUUACCAAGGAUACAAUAUUCCAAAAUGCAGCACGGUGGAUAACUAUCUUCACUAUAUCCAGAGUUUGCCCACCUAUGAUAGCCCCGAGGUCUUCGGGCUGCACCCCAAUGCCGACAUCACCUACCAGAGCAAGCUUGCCAAGGACGUGCUGGACACCAUCCUGGGCAUCCAGCCCAAGGACAGCUCUGGUGGAGGGGAAGAGACCAGGGAAGCCGUGGUGGCUCGGCUCGCCGAUGACAUGCUGGAAAAGCUGCCUCCUGACUAUGGCCCUUUUGAAGUAAGAGAGAGGCUGCAAAAGAUGGGGCCAUUCCAGCCGAUGAACAUUUUCCUGAGGCAGGAGAUAGACAGAAUGCAAAGGGUACUCACGCUGGUCCGCAGCACCCUGACUGAGCUAAAGCUUGCCAUCGAUGGCACCAUCAUCAUGAGUGAAAAUCUCCAAGAUGCGUUGAAUUGCAUGUUUGAUGCAAGAAUUCCUGCUCAGUGGAAAAAAGCGUCAUGGGUUUCAAGUACAUUGGGUUUCUGGUUUACUGAACUGAUAGAAAGAAACGGCCAGUUUACUGCUUGGGUUUUCAAUGGCCGACCCCACUGCUUCUGGAUGACAGGCUUCUUUAACCCCCAAGGAUUUUUGACUGCAAUGAAACAGGAGAUAACUCGGGCCAACAAAGGCUGGGCUCUGGACAAUAUGGUGCUUUGCAAUGAAGUCACCAAGUGGAUGAAGGAUGACAUUUCUGCCCCUCCCACAGAAGGCGUCUACGUCUACGGCUUAUAUCUUGAAGGUGCUGGCUGGGACAAGAGGAACAUGAAACUCAUCGAGUCCAAACCAAAAGUGCUCUUUGAGUUGAUGCCUGUCAUAAGGAUUUAUGCAGAAAACAACACUCUAAGAGAUCCCCGGUUUUACUCCUGCCCCAUCUACAAGAAGCCAGUCCGAACGGACUUGAAUUACAUCGCUGCUGUGGAACUCAGGACGGUCCAGGCCCCUGAACACUGGGUGCUCCGUGGGGUCGCUCUCCUCUGUGAUGUCAAGUGA